GUCAGCCGGUAGGCCCUCUCGACGAACCAACGCCUGACAAUAUGCUUCUGGUCUGGGCGGUGCGCAAAAUGAUGCCCAAACCGAUUCCGUAGCAGUACCAGUGUCGUUGCUGUGACGGGCACAAUAAAGCACAAAUUGCGGCAAUGAUGAUGUCCCUCCUAGGGAGGCUACUACAGCUGAUAUUGCUCACACAGCUUAUCAAAGCGCAGCCAAUCCACCAUGCCCCACAGGCACGAGCCGCAGUUGGUCUGCAAGACAGCGAUAGCUUGCCAAAGAAUCUACGAGUUUCUUACAUUCCAAGUCACAAGAUCAUAAGGGCGACGAGCUCUAGUUCACAGGAUUCUGAAGAUGCCCGCGCCAAACGCUACAGUUGCCCCAUUGAGGCCUACCGCUUGAGUUCUGGAGGCCAGCUGCACGACAUUUUUGGCCGUUAUCGGGAGCUGUUGUUUGAUAUCUAUCGAGUGCGAGACAGUUCCUGGUAUUUGGAGCAUUGGGAAUUGCGCAACAACUAUGCGGAGAACGAAAAAAGCACAGAACGGCUUGUUUAUCCUGAGUAUCUGGGUGGUGAAGAGCCAAUAGCAAGACUGAAAUGGAGGAAUCAAGAAUAUGAUCGCAUUAGGCGGUUGCAGAAGCCAAAGCAAGGGUUUUUGCAUUCGCCACAAGAUGCAGGGCUGUUGUUGGGGGAAGAACAGGCGCAACUCCUGCAUUCUGCAGAUCGUGACGACGUGAACUCAGCUAUUAUCGCAUCCGGAGAAAGCUUAGUAGCUGAAGAACCAACAACUCCUACUCCUAGUCCUACAUCGACGACCUUCACCCGUUCCACCACUAUCCGCCCACCUGCAUCAACAGUUGAGAAGUUCAACUUACAAACUCUGGUCUCUCCAGAUGCGGCAGAACCACAAGAAGGUGACGAAACAACGAGUCUACCAUUAACGCC